AUGUGGUCAUUUUUAUUUGGUUUGCUGUUCGCAACUUCAAAGCCCCAGAAGUUACUUCUAAUUGUACAAGCCUUUAUGGCUCAUAAUGAUCCCAAUACUAAUAACAUAAUUAUUCAAAAUGAUAUCCAACAAGUAUCAGAUGAAGAACAUGACUUCACUAAUAUCAAUGAUACUACCUUUUUUCUAGCAGAAGAGAUGAAUAAACUCCCUACUAAAAUUUACAAGAAAAAUACAAUUUCCAACGAAACGUAUUAA